ACACUCAUGUGAUGAACAACUUGAGCAGAGCAAAUUUUUGUGCAGUUAGAUCGUGUGAUAUUAGUAUGCAUGCAGUGCUGCUUUUGAUCUUGGAGACACUACUCACAUGACCAGGAGGAGCAAUUGGCCAGGAACAUGUGUGACAAGGCUCUUCUAUCAGCAUGUGAUGAAUAAGCCAUGUACACGGUUAGAGGAAUGCAUGGGAUGGUGGCUUGAAGAUGCUCAUGUCAUUUUAGGGCCUUUGUUUUGAUGUCUUGGCCUGCAGUGACUCCAUGUCACAUAAUCCUUCCAAUUUUCUCCUCCACUAAAGAUGUAGUCUUACUCUGUUGUCCAGGCUCGUCGUGAACUCCUGGCCUGAAGUGAUCUUCCUGCCUCAGCCCCUCAAAGUGCUGGCAUUACAGGUAGGGAUCAGGAAGUACAAGUGAAAUGGUUCAGUUUUGGGAACAUUUUCUGUAUAUGGAUGUGUCUCAUACAGAAAAUUUCUAAAGAUUUGGUGAAGAUAGGAAAACUGUCAAAAAGGCUGUAGCAUUAUUAUACUGAAGUGUUUUCCUUUGAUUUAUAUACAUGGAUUUAGAAAUGUGUAUAUCAUACAUAUCUGUGUCUUUUCUGUUCUGGAGAUGAACAACCACAGAUACUAUCAGUUAUAGAUGAAGAAUGAUAUUGAGAUGGCUGUUUAAGCUAUUACAACAGCUUUAUGAAAGUUAAAUGUCAUUGAUGUAAAUAUGAGGAGAGAAGAGAAUAUUUAUCUCCACUAAGUGACAUGCAAAACCAUGCAUAUAUAUUAAAAAAAACAAUAAGACACUUCUGCUGGACUGUGAUUUUGAUGGAUAUAGGUGGAAUAUUAAACCAUAUGCUAUAAAGAUAAAUUCAAAUGAUUGCUCUUGGAUUGUCUUCAUUGUGUGACUUCCCUGCUUCCUACUAUUAAAAACCAAAUGUUUAGUAGUAAAGUGAUAUCAGUAUCAAAAUAAAAGUAUGGAGUGGGAGAAAAAUUCUCAAAGCCCGAAAGAAAAUCCGUGCUUAUUACUUUGUGUGUACCAUUGUUUGUUCAACCAAUCUCUUAUGUUUUCACAUUUAAGUAGUUUCCAGUAUUUUACAACUACAAAUCUGCUGCAAUGGGAGAUGCUGUUUUUCCAGCAGCUAAGUUGAGGAAGAACUUAGUUCAUCUCUGUUUCGUGAUUCCUCUUCAAUUUGUUUGCUAACCAAGACUUGUGUUUGGAGAACUCUAUUGUACUGAGCCUAAGUCAUCUUUGAUCUAUAACAAGAAACAUGCAUUUUCACAUGUCAACCAGAUUUGUGGACCAGUAAAGUUCUCCCAAAAGGUAGUUACUUUUGGUGACAUUGUCCAGUUCCCACAAUGUAUCAUUCCUUAUCUGAAACUAGACAUCCUCUGCAGCCAGAAGAACAAGAAGUAGGCAUUGACCCCUUGUCCAGUUACUCUAACAAGUCUGGAGGAGAUUCAAAUAAAAAUGGAAGAAGAGCAAGUUCUUCUUUAGACUCUGAAGGGACUUUUAAUUCUUAUAGGAAAGAAUGGGAAGAACUAUUUGUAAACAACAAUUACUUGGCAACAAUAAGGCAGAAGGGGAUUAAUGGGCAGCUGAGAAGCAGCAGGUUCCGCAGCAUUUGCUGGAAGCUAUUUCUUUGUGUUAUUCCUCAAGACAGAAAUCAAUGGAUAAAUAGAAUUGAAGAAUUAAGAGUAUGGUAUAGCAACAUUAAAGAAAUACAUAUUACAAACCCAAGGAAGGUUGUUGGCCAACAAGAUUUGAUGAUCAAUAAUCCUCUUUCACAGGAUGAAGGGAGUCUUUGGAACAAAUUCUUCCAAGAUAAAGAACUUCGAUCAAUGAUUGAACAAGAUGUCAAAAGAACGUUUCCUGAAAUGCAGUUUUUCCAACAAGAAAAUGUGAGAAAAAUUCUUACAGAUGUUCUUUUCUGUUAUGCUAGAGAAAACGAGCAGUUGCUUUAUAAACAGGGCAUGCAUGAGCUGUUAGCACCUAUAGUCUUUGUCCUUCACUGUGACCACCAAGCUUUUCUACAUGCCAGUGAGUCUGCACAGCCCAGUGAGGAAAUGAAAACUCUCUUGAACCCUGAGUAUCUGGAACAUGAUGCCUAUGCAAUGUUCUCACAACUUAUGGAAACUGCUGAACCUUGGUUUUCAACUUUUGAGCAUGAUGGUCAAAAGGGGAGAGAAACACUGAUGACUCCUAUUCCCUUUGCUAGACCACAAGAUUUAGGGCCAACAAUUGCUAUUGUUACUAAAGUCAACCAGAUCCAGGAUCAUCUACUGAAGAAGCAUGAUAUUGAGCUUUACAUGCACUUAAACAGACUAGAAAUUGCACCACAGAUAUAUGGAUUGAGGUGGGUGCGCCUGCUGUUUGGACGAGAGUUCCCCCUACAGGACCUUCUGGUAGUCUGGGAUGCCUUGUUUGCAGAUGGCCUCAGCCUGGGUUUAGUAGAUUACAUCUUCGUAGCCAUGUUACUCUACAUCCGAGAUGCUUUGAUCUCUAGUAACUACCAGACCUGUCUCGGCCUUCUGAUGCAUUACCCACUCAUCGGGGAUGUACACUCACUGAUUCUUAAGGCUCUGUUCCUUAGAGACCCAAAGGACCGAGACAAUAUAUGUAAAGGAACUAAUGUGUCUGGCACCUACUUGGAACCAAGAAAUCCAAGACCAGUGACUUAUCAGUUCCAUCCAAAUUUAGAUUACUACAAAGCACGAGGAGCCGACCUCAUGAAUAAAAGCCGGACCAAUGCCAAAGGUGCUCCCCUGAAUAUGAAUAAGGUCUCUAAUAGCCUGAUUAAUUUUGGAAGAAAGUUGAUUUCCCCAGCAAUGGCUCCAGGCAGUGCAGGUGGCCCUGUACCUGGAGGCAACAGCAGUAGCUCCUCCUCUGCUGUGAUUCCCACCAGGACCUCAGCAGAGGCCCCAAGGCAUCACUUGCAACAGCAACAGCAGCAGCAGAGGCUGAUGAAAUCAGAAAGCAUGCCUGUGCAAUUGAACAAAGGCGAUGUAGUUACAGGAAGCGAUGAUCAGGUUUCUGUUCCUGUCCAGACUCUAACUGACCUCCAAGGGCAAAGUUCUAAAAACAUCAGUUCAUCUCCAAGCGUUGAGAGUUUGCCUGGAGGAAGAGAAUUCACUGGCUCUCCACCUUCAUCUGCUACUAAAAAAGAUUCCUUUUUUAGUAACAUCUCUCGUUCCCGCUCACACAGCAAAACUAUGGGCAGAAAAGAAUCUGAAGAAGAAUUAGAAGCCCAAAUUUCCUUCCUUCAAGGACAGUUGAAUGACCUGGAUGCCAUGUGCAAAUACUGUGCAAAGGUGAUGGACAGUCAUCUUGUAAAUAUUCAAGAUGUGAUAUUACAAGAAAAUUUGGAAAAAGAAGAUCAAAUUCUGGUUUCUCUGGCAGGAUUAAAACAGAUCAAAGACAUUCUAAAAGGUUCCCUGCGUUUUAACCAGAGCCAGCUAGAGGCCGAAGAGAACGAACAGAUCACCAUUGCGGACAACCACUACUGCUCCAGCGGCCAGGGCCAAGGCCGAGGCCAAGGCCCGAGUGAUGAAAUGUCUGGGGCUACUAAGCAGGACUCUUCAGAAACGCCAGUGUGCACCGAUAGAGGGAGUUCAGAUGACUUCAUCCUGAUUUCCAAAGAUGAUGAUGGGAGCAGUGCCAGGGGCUCCUUCUCUGGGCAGGCCCAGCCUCUUCGCACUCUCAGAAGCACCUCUGGGAAAAGCGAGACCCCAGCCUACUCCCCACUGGUGUUCUCAGACCCGCUGAUGGGCUCAGCCUCAGCUUCCUCCAGCAACCCCAGCUCCAGCCCUGAUGAUGACAGCAGCAAGGACUCUGGCUUCACCAUCGUGAGUCCCCUGGACAUCUGACCACAGGGAUGCAGCCACCCUUCAGUGGUCCCAAGCCCAGAUCGAGGCUCACCCAGUGGAGACCCCUCUGAAAGCACUGCUUCCUUCCCAGCAUGCAUUUGGCAUUGCUCCAGCCCUUUGAAACCCCUGAGAGAGAAGCAUAUAUGGCCAUAAAGCACACAGGCUUAGGUUUGCCAAAUGCAGACAGGGCUUUCUGGGCCCUUACCUAAGCCCCACCCCACUCUUGCUCUGAGUUAGAGCUGAGUUAUGUGCUCAGUAUCAUACUCACAGUUAGAAAAGACCAAAUCACAAUUAGAAUCACUUUUCCUCUGUCCCCUUCUCCCCAACUAAGGAUGUGUGACAACUCCAUCAGUUAUACUUGAAGGAGGAGAAAUAGUUAUUUUCUUAUCUUCUAUCCCUCAAAGCAUCAGACAUAGGAAAAUUGGUUUAUACCAAGAAAGCUUCCUCUGUGGAAAUCUAUAUCUCAGCCUACUUUAUUCCUACAUUGGGAAGCCAUAUCACAGAGCUAAAUGCAAUAGAAUGAACUAGAACUAGUAGAUUUUAGGGCUGGAAAAAAAAACCAUUACCAACCUCUCAGAGUUAUAAUGAUCUCUGGAAACAGGGUCUAAGCUUAGGAGUCACAUUUCGGUGUGAGGUAGUAUUCGUUUUUUGAUGUAUUAAAGAAUGCAUCCAGUCCUUAGGCCACAUCAACUCUGGCCAUCACUGUCUCUCCUUAAACUAUUGCGUCUCACCUUUUAGAAUCUUCCAUAGCCAGAAAACAAGGUUAUUAUAAGCCAGUUUUUGCUGCACUGAUUUCAAAAGAUGUAAGAAUAUUACUGUCCUUGAAAUGGAAAAUGUAACCUUGACUUUAUGGGAUAAACAUUUUUCAGGCAGUUUUCCAGUUAAGUUUCUCUGGUUUCAAAGCUGUAUAUACUUGUCAACUGAAGCAGAAAGGGAAAAACCCAAGUUCAUUCCCACCCAAAGUCAGAAUGCCACAUUGGCCUUAAAGUAGCAGUCAUAAGACUUAGAGAAUUGGACCUAGAGUCCCUUCUGUGGGGAAUAAGGAGACCUAGAAAACAUUCCAGAUGCCAAGAGGAUGCAGGAUUUCUACACAACCCCUUCCUUUCUUGGAAGUCCAGUGUAGGAACUGCAGGGCCUGUGCUCAGCUAUGAACCCUGCAUCCUGGGUGCCACUGCCAGGACCAGGUCUGACAUGCCAGUGCCUCCCUGGGCUCAGCACAGAUUAGAGACUCUCCCCUUGUCACUUGGCACCAUGUUGGUGUGGUUAAAAAACCAUGAUGGGCACAGGGCAUCACAUGAACUGUUUUUCUCCUUAAAGAUGAUCCCUGGAAAGGAUACUUUUCCUCUCCUUUGCCUGCGCAGGAAUUCUAACAGGAAUGGGUGUGGAUGGCAGAGGGACACAGGGCCUGUCUCACCUCCGUCCGGGAGAGCAAACAUGCCACGGAUGACUGGCUCUUUGCACUUGUCCUCAGAGGAUGGUGAGGCAGCUGGGCAGUGGAGGCCUUCAUGGUAACAAAGGAAAACUCAUUAUAAAGGAACAGACACUGUUUACAUCCCUCCCACUGCUAACCUUAUUUCUCCAUAGACAAAUAUGAUAAUUACAUGAUUUUUCCACCUGCCCUCCAAGACAAUGGUGACUUGCUCCCAAGUCAAUUACUGUGGAGAGGGUUCUAAUUAGCUCUGCAAUUUGUUCUUAAACUCUAGCAGGGAAAUCUCCUCUUAACCACACCAACAUGGAAGGUGAAUAAUAACACUGGGUUUGCCAGAUAACAGGUAGUGUGCCUUCCACCACUGAGCAAUUGCCUGGCACGUGCACACUGGAGCUCCCUGGCUUUCGGCUCUGAGUGUUCCUCUCAGCACCUCUGAGUAAGCUGCUGCCAAGCACAUGUCCCCAUGACAACACUUUGUAAGCUGUGGGGGCCCCCAUACAGUGAGUGACCUGCAACUGUGCAGGGUUGCCAUUGGUCACUUUCUCACCUUGGGCAGUGUUUUCAGUUCUAGAGUAAGAGGUGUAGAGCUGUUCCCUCCAGGGCUCUGGGACAGAGUGGAAAGGACCACAGAGCUGGCAAUCCCUGGGGAGCUGGGCCCCUGUCAUCUGCUGACCUUUAGUCAGCAGAUUUCCUUUGCCCUAGAGCUAGAGUCAUGAUAGCUGAGGGUCACUGGCCCUGCAAGAGCCACUAGGCACCCACCAUGUCAAUAAGGCUCUUGGCUGGCUCACUGCAGUCGGCUGGGUGAUUCAUAGUUACAGAAAACUCCCAGCCCUGCUUUGUACUAGAGGCAGGUCCUCUCGGUUCUCUCCAUCCUGUGCUCCUGUGUUGGUGGCAUGUGAGGACCAAUGGGUUCACUCAGAGAUAUUGCUUCUGUGGCCCCUACAAGCUCACCCCCUCCUUGGAGGAGAGAGACAUAUAAGGACAGUGGGUCACGGGCAGUACCAGCCUCAAAUUCCCACGGGCUCAUACUAAUUGUAUUACUGUCUUACGGUUUUUAAGCAAUUUUUUUUAUUCUUCAUAGUUGAGUAUUAUUUGCAUUUGUAUUAGUUACAGUGCUAUUAAAGAAUGUGUUCCUUUUAUUAUUUUAUCAGGUGCUUAGUUUAAUUGCACAUUUUUUAAAUCCUGAAUAUAUUUUGUUAACAAAUGUGGUAAUCAGUGGAACCUCUCUUACGUUUUGAUUAUUACAGUUAAAUACAUUUUGUAUACAUGAAGCUUAGAUUAAUUCCCAUCAUCAUCUCUUUUCUUAUAUAUGUCUGUAUGUGUUUCAUGCAUUCCUCUUUGGUCAGAUUGGAAUUUGAGUUAAAAUUUAGCUCUGUACAUUACAUGUGAGAGUUACAGACUAGCAAAUCAUAAUGACUGACUUUGCCUUACCUUAAGUGUAUGCCAUGGAGUCAGACAACAUGGUAAACAUUUAGUUACACUGGAUUCCUCUUCCAAAGCUGACCUCCUGCUAAUGUUCAGUGGUGACUGCAAUCUGGAAAGAAAUAAUAUCACUGCACAAUGAAUGUGACUCUAAAAAUAAAACAGGACCUCCCUGUGAUUUGCCUUGUCUGCAGACGACGGAUUGUCUCUUGUGCUGUCAGCCCUGGGGUUGCUAAGGAAGCUGCCUCAGGAGGGUUAGUUGCCUGCUCUCAACAGGAAUGCCUCCUCUACUCUGUCAGAGAUGCUAAAUAAAUAUCAUCAAACGCUGUGGCAGUCAUGCUGGCCUCCUAAUAAUAACCUGUCAGAGUUGAUGCACAUUAUUUUUGUUUUUAUUUUUUUAAGAAACUGCCCCAAGGAUUCAUUAUAGAACAGGAGUGUGUAUGGAAGACUUAGCUCCCCACAUAGGGUGGCCAUUUUGUGGCAGCCACAACCAGUUCCAUCCCUCCUUUCCUGAGGACACACACCUGGGCCCCUGGGCCCUUCCCCAUUGUCAAGGAGGGGGACAGGGGAGGCUGUGAAGUGGAGUGAGGAAGCCAGAUGCAUUGAGGAUGCACGUGGCAAGCCAGGCUUCCUUCUCUAAGGCCAGACUGCUUUCUCAGUGUUACUUUCUAAAGCUCUUUGAUAGUGUUACAAAGAUAUGUAAAGUCCGUAUAAACAGGCUUGAGACCACGUUGAUGUCAAAGCUGUCAGAGUAGUUUUUCUCACAGUGGCACAGUUCAUUUGAUUGACGGAAUAUUCAGUGAUGCCAUUUAGGUCCUGUCACUUUUUUCUUGUCCAUCUUUAUGCUAUAACUCAAAUUGAUUUAAGAAAUGAUUUCUCCUUUUGGCAAAGUGAUCCCAUUCGAUAUGGUUAUAAUAAAAGACUAAUGUAAAACCGA